AGUCUUGUCCUGAAGUCUACUCCUGCUACAAAACCCCUCCCCUCCAGUCCCAUUCUCACACUCACUGCGUGUGUUUAUGCGCGAAAUUCUCAAAUUUCCUACAGAAUAAGAGAGCUUGAACCACGGCGGUCGAUGGCGGCGCCUGAGACCCCACAACCGGAUACUCUUCGCCACGCAUUCGGGAAUGUGCUCUCCUUCUUCGUUCUUUUACUCAUCGGUGUUCUCGCUUUCUCGAUCCGUCUCUUUUCCGUGAUUAAGUACGAGAGUGUAAUUCAUGAAUUCGAUCCUUACUUCAAUUAUAGAGUGACGCAGUAUCUUACAAAAAGUGGAGUAUAUGACUUUUGGAAUUGGUUUGAUGACCGCACAUGGUACCCACUUGGACGUGUGAUUGGUGGAACAGUUUACCCUGGACUUACGCUGACUGCGGGUACUUUAUGGAGGAUAUUGAACUUCUUAAAUAUUCCUCUGUCCGUGGAAACUGUUUGUGUGUUUACGGCUCCUAUUUUUUCAGCUUUUGCUUCUUGGGCAACAUAUCUUCUGACAAAGGAAGUCAAAGGUGCUGGUGCUGGGUUGACUGCUGCAGCUCUUCUGGCCAUGGUUCCGUCAUAUAUUUCUCGAUCUGUUGCUGGAAGUUAUGACAAUGAAGCAGUGGCUAUUUUUGCUUUGAUCUUCACUUUCUAUCUCUAUAUAAAGACAUUGAACACAGGAUCCCUUUUUUAUGCUACUCUAAAUGCAAUAGCAUACUUCUACAUGGUUUGCUCUUGGGGAGGGUACACCUUUAUCAUAAAUCUUAUUCCGAUGCAUGUGCUGCUAUGCAUUGUAACUGGUCGCUAUUCUUCACGCCUCUACAUUGCUUAUGCUCCACUUGUUGUCUUGGGAACAUUGUUAGCAUCUUUGGUACCUGUUGUGGGUUUUAAUGCUGUCAUGACGUCCGAGCAUUUUGCAUCAUUUCUAGUCUUUAUUAUUAUACAUGUGGUGGCUCUUGUUUAUUAUAUCAAAGGAAUUCUCACUCCUCAAAUGUUCAAAGUAGCAGUUACUCUUGUUGUGUCAGUUGGGCUGAUAGUUUGCGGUGCUGUUUUAGCAGUACUAAUAGCAUUGGUAGCUUCCAGCCCAACCAAAGGAUGGAGUGGACGAAGUCUAAGCCUGCUCGAUCCAACUUAUGCGAGCAAGUAUAUACCAAUUAUUGCAAGUGUUAGUGAACAUCAACCUCCGACAUGGCCGUCAUACUUUAUGGACAUUAAUGUUUUGGCAUUUUUGGUUCCAGCUGGCAUUAUUGCAUGCUUUUUGCCACUUUCUGAUGCAAGCUCCUUUGCGGUCCUUUAUAUUGUUACAUCAGUAUAUUUUUCUGGUGUUAUGGUCCGCCUAAUGCUUGUACUUGCUCCAGCAGCUUGUAUAAUGUCUGGAAUUGCUCUUUCAGAAGCUUUUGAUGUUUUUACUAGAUCAAUUAAAUUUCAGUUGUUUGGUGCAACAAAAGACCCCCAGGUCAAUGCAGGGGAUACCAAUGUUACACAAAAUGAGGUGGUGAAGCCUGAGAAAAGUGAGGACUCACUGAAGGAACGAUCUUCAAGAAAAAGUAAGAAGAAGGAAAAGGAGAACGUAGAAACAGUUCCGCUUGUAUCCCGGAUUGAAAAGAAGCUUCUGGUCUUACCGUUGGAGGCUUCCCUGAUUGCUAUUUUCUUGCUUGUGUUGCUGGGUGCAUUUUACGUGGUCCAUUGUGUCUGGGCGGCAGCGGAGGCUUAUUCUGCUCCAUCCAUCGUGCUAACCUCUCGUUCUCAUGACGGCCUUCACGUCUUUGAUGACUUCAGAGAGGCAUAUGCUUGGUUGCGCCAUAACACCGACGUAGAUGAUAAGGUUGCAUCUUGGUGGGACUAUGGCUACCAAACAACUGCUAUGGCUAACCGUACUGUUAUUGUUGACAACAAUACCUGGAACAACACACAUAUUGCAACUGUUGGAACUGCCAUGUCCUCUCCUGAAAAAGCAGCUUGGGAGAUUUUCAACUCGUUAGAUGUAAAAUAUGUUUUAGUUGUUUUUGGAGGUCUUGUUGGAUAUCCCAGUGAUGACAUUAACAAGUUUCUGUGGAUGGUUCGGAUAGGUGGAGGUGUAUUUCCUCACAUUAAAGAACCUGAUUAUUUGAGAGAUGGUCAAUACCGAAUUGAUUCUCAAGCAACUCCAACGAUGCUUAACUGCCUCAUGUACAAACUCUCGUAUUACAGAUUUGUGGAGACAGAUGGUAGAGGCUUUGACAGGGUGAGGCACACCGAAAUCGGGAAAAAAUAUUUCAAACUUACCCACUUUGAGGAGGUAUUCACCACUCAUCAUUGGAUGGUUCGGAUAUACAAAUUGAAAUCUCCAAGGAACAGAGUCCGUGGGAAGACCAAGAAAUCCAAAUCGAAAUCUACCUCGACAUCUAUCUCAAGAAGAAGCGGAGCAAGAAAGAAGAAUCCUUGGCAUUAGCUGGACUCGGAUCUUUUAUAUAAGAGCGAAAUAGAAAAAGAAAGCUCGCUAUAGAUUUUGCAAUCUCCUCUAUGGUUGUUAAUUUAACGUCCGGAUAUUGAUAGGCGGGUAGCAGAGAAGUGUUGAACAAUUUUUGACUUGCUGUUUAGGCUGUGACAGUAGACUGUACAAGAUAUCUCAUACAGAGUCCCCUGUUUUUAAGGGCUAGGUUUCAGUUAGAACUGUUCCCGAAUCAUCUUACAAUCAUCCACAUAGUAAUGCAUUUUGGUCUGACCUCUUUAAUUACUGCGA